GGGUCUACCACUGCCACUGCCUCGGCCGGCCCCGGCCAACCUGCCUCCGCUCCCGGUUGCCAGUUGCCACCUCGUCUUCGCGUCGUUAGCAGUGUCCAGUGUCCGGUGUCGAGUGCUCAGUGCGUUUAGGUGUAAUCCCAUGUGUUCUAGAGUGGAGCCGUGUAAGCCGCGGUGCUUUGUCGCAGUGACAUGAGGGUGUCGCCUCCAUACUUGUUGUGCCUUUUGGUUGUCUUCACCGUCCUCUCGGCCGCUCAGUGCAAGAAAGACUGCGCCACGCGGUUGGCGGCAUGUGAAGGGAAGAACCCGACGGCGCGGCGUCCGAUUUGCGGCUCCAACAACCAAACCUACCAGAACAGAUGCGCCCUGCUCCGGGCCCAGUGUCUUCAGAGACAGAACGUCACCGUCAAACACAAGGGCCGCUGUAGAGAGAAGCAGCCAUGCUGGAAGGUGCUGAAUCAAAAAAAUUACGGUUACACGCCACAAUGUCGAGCCGAUGGGCGGUAUGCUCCCGUGCAGUGUCACGAGGAGGCCGCCUUCUGUUGGUGUGUGACGCCAAUGGGCAAGACCAUCCCCAACACUUCGGUCGCCCACGCUUUGCCCAAAUGUCCUCCAAGAGGUAAAUCGAAAAAGCAGGGCCGGAAUAAUUCAAGAAACCAAAGAAGAAAUUGUGAUGCUGGAGACAGAGCGCAAUUUGUAAAUAAUCUUGUAUAUUUUUUUAGCACAGAAUAUAACAGAGAUAUUUCUCAAAAUAGCAAUUUUAGCAAAGAAAAUCCAUCUUCAAAAGAAAACUUGAAGCAGGAAGCAGUGAAGUGGAAAUUUUCUGUCUUGGACGUUGAUAGAAGUAAAAAUCUAUCCAAAGCUGAGUUCAGGAAUUUAAGACGGCUUGUCAAAAAAGUUGUGAAACCGAAACGUUGCGCCAAGUCAUUCAUUCCCCUUUGUGAUGAGAACAAAGAUGCUUUCAUCACGGAAAUUGAAUGGAUUAAAUGUCUUAGUUUUGGACAUGAGACCAACAAGAAAGACGAUGGAGGAAAAGAAUCUUCAGCUUCACCGGCGAAGGAAGUGAAGAAGGAAACACCUGAGGUCGAUCAAUUUGAGGAAGACUCGCAUGCGUUGGGCAGCAUGGACGCCGAAGAAGAUUUGCUUCCCUAUGAAGGAGGGAUAGACGGGGACUCCGACGAUUCUAAACUACCCAUUGAAUCUGUUCCUGAAGCUGAUCCGAUGGAGGCAAGUGGAUGUCUUUAUGAUAGACAAACUGCUUUGGAUGAGUUACAGUUCAGGCCUACUCCAAACUAUGUUCCAGAAUGUACACCCGAUGGAAGGUACGAGAAGGUGCAGUGCUUCAAGUCAAAAGGUUACUGUUGGUGUGCUCAUGAAGAUACUGGGAAAACGAUUCCAGGGUCAGCUAGGUACAACCAAAGGCCAUCUUGCGAUACGCUGCAGUCUCCUCCCAGACCGAUGAAAGGUUGCCCAGAGGCAAAAAAGGUUCUAUUUUCACAGGAUCUCACCAGAAUAUUCAAAGAAACGUUAUCAAAUUACAAAUCAAGUAACGGAAGUGAAGUGACUUGGGCAUUAGGAAAUGAAGAGCAAAUUUUAACCUCCUACUUCCAGUAUCUAGAUGAAAGCAAAAACAAGUUUUUGGAGAGGAAAGAAUGGAAGCCAUUCCGAACGAUGAUGACUGGAAAUAAGCUAUUGCAAAGAUGUGGGAGGAGGCUUAACAAAUAUUGUGAUGUAAAUCAAGACAACCGAAUAAGCCUAACAGAGUGGUUGGCUUGUUUGAAAAUUGUGCAAAUGAAUCCUCAGCAAGGGAUGAGUACAAUCAUACCACCACACAAUUUAAAAGGACCCAAUCCAUUGGAUAAAUAUUUAAAAGACAAUUAGAGAACUCCUGCAAUGAAAACUCCUGCAAUAAGAAUGACGAACUUUACAAAAAAUAGUUUUAUGAACAAAAUUUGUAUUAUUUACAAAAACAACAAGAUAAAAAAGAGAGUUUACAAAGUUAAAACAAAAGCUUGAUCUCAUAGAAUUUACUGGUACAUAUAAAUUUGUUCAUGUAAAUUUCUGCAAAGUGUUGUUUAAAUCUUUCCUGCAUUUGUGGUACAGUAUUACAUAAAAACUUUGCAGGAUAGGUUGACUAUCCAAAGUUUGUUGCUGUCAUUAGUAGUCAGAGAAACGAUUCAAGCGCUAGUUUUACCAGUUAAGUUUCUAUUUCUGACUAUAAGAAAUCUGAUGUAGCAAGCUUGGAGUAAGUCCAAUGGUAUAGCCUGUUUGAAAUAUCUUGUCCUUUUUCACUGUGCACACAGAAUAGGGAGUUGCUUCUUCUGCGCUGGCAGCAAAAAAGGAAAAUUUAUCUGAGACGGGCUCAACAUACUAUUUUGCAUACUUGGAAAUUAACCUCAUAUAUUGUAGGCAAAUUGUAAAAUCAAGUGUUUUGUCUAGGUAGAGAGUUAACUGAUCUUUCUCCACAUAAUAUACUGAAUUUUUUGCUGCUCUUAUUGCGAAAGAAACUCUGAAGAUGCAAAAGUAUAACAAGUCAGUUUUUGCUCGUCUGUAGAGAACCAAAAUCUUCUGAACUUCAAGCACACUUUCACACCUCCAUUUGACAUAAUAGUUGACUUAAAUAUUUGCCUACAACGUAUGCAUACCCAUAUGGUAAAAGAAGUGCUGGUGCAAAUGAUACUGACUGGUACAGGUUUGAGAUAAAUUAGGCAUCAAAUGCCAAUUUAGUUGUAAAUAUUUAUCUCCAUAAUUUUAAAUGUUAUGUUUUAAAUUUAGGUAAUGAACAUAAUUAAGUUAGAGAGUUGGACAGCUUCUUUCUCAUAACAUUACUUGAAAGAGCUUCGGCCUCUGGAAACAAUGAGAAUUAAAAAAUUGGAAUUAAGUGGGUGCACUUUUUUCCAGAUUUCUGUUUACUUUACAAUGGUAAAUCCUGUCUGAUAAUAGCUAAACGAGGUGAAGAUUUGUUCUAAUAAUACCAGAAUGACGGUCAUUUUUUUGGCUGAAUGUUAUUAUAAGGCCAAAAUAAAUUCAGCCUAAAUAAUAGGAUUAUAAGUAGUUCUACUGCUGUACCUAUUAAGUAAUGUUCAUACGUUUAACAGGUCUAUUUUCUACCAGAUAUCACAGCAAUUUUUUUCCAGUUAAGGGGUGAAUAUUUUGGUGAAUCUUAAUACUUUUUAUCUCAUGUUCAAAUUUAAAGUACCAAAUACAAAACUUUAAAGAAGUUGAGGCUAAUGUCAAUGAAAUCCUUAUCAUCAGAUAAUCUAUAGAGAAAGAAGCUGUCUUACCAAAAAUAUAAUUUUUGGAAUGCUGUUGUUUUCCCCCUUUCAGCCGAGUGAUUUUUUUUUCUUUCAUAUUUUUGUGAAUCACAGCAGAGUAUAUUCCUCCCUAUUUUUUAAAAAAAUAGAAAGACUUUACAAACUAUUGUCAUGAAUAAAUCAGAGCUACACAGUAAAAACAAAUAAUUUUUAACAAAGGCUUCUGUUGAAAACAUGGACUCUUUCUCUUUCACAAAAUGUAGGUUUGUACAGUUCAAUUGUAAAUACUAUUUGAAUACUUUCAGGUAAUUUAAUAAUUUUUUUCCCCCAUUAAACUUUCAACUCUUGGAUGAUCAAAUUUGAGAUUAUAGAUAUGUGUACAGUUUGUUCCGUGCUUUCAAAUUCUUUAUGGAGAAUUCACACACUUGAUUAUGACUUAUAAACUUAGAUGUUGCAA